UACUACGGUAAUGAGCGUUGGUGGUUAUCCGGGGAUGUCACACCACAGCUAUUUUCUCUCACUCUCUGAGUAUACUUCCAUGGAUUGACCCAGAGCGUAGGACAGAUAAAUAAACAACAAGACAUCACCGAGCGAAAAAUGGCAGAGCGUGGAGCGGGCAGCUUGCUGUUAGGAGAUCCUACCUUUAAUUAUCAGGAGCACGAACUAAACGAGCGACUGAAACGGCUUUACCCGGCCGUGAACGAGGAAGAAACCCCUUUACCCCGAUCUUGGAGCCCCAAGGAUAAAUACAGCUAUAUUGGGCUUUCACAGAACAAUCUGCGGGUGCAUUACAAAGGCCACGGCAAGAACCACAAAGAUGCUGCCUCUGUGCGUGCCACACAUCCCAUCCCUGCUGCCUGUGGAAUCUACUACUUUGAGGUCAAGAUUAUCAGCAAAGGGCGGGACGGGUACAUGGGCAUUGGCCUGUCUGCCCAGGGAGUCAACAUGAACAGACUGCCUGGAUGGGACAAACACUCGUAUGGUUACCACGGAGAUGACGGACAUUCCUUCUGCUCGUCCGGGACCGGCCAACCGUACGGUCCCACUUUUACAACGGGGGAUGUGAUUGGCUGCUGCGUUAACCUCAUCAACAACACCUGCUUUUACACAAAAAAUGGCAUCAGCCUGGGUGUAGCCUUCACAGACCUCCCUCCGAACCUGUACCCCACGGUGGGGCUCCAGACCCCCGGAGAGAUUGUAGACGCCAACUUCGGCCAGCAACCGUUCGUCUUUGACAUCGAGGACUACAUGAGCGAAUGGAGGGCCAAGAUUGACAGCAUGAUCGCCCGCUUCCCCAUAGGAGAGAGACUGGGGGAGUGGCAGACUGUUUUGCAAAACAUGGUGUCGAGCUACCUGGUACAUCACGGCUACUGCGCCACAGCGACAGCCUUCGCCAGAGCCACCGAGACCAUGAUACAAGAAGACCAGAGCUCUAUAAAGAACAGACAGAGAAUACAGAAGCUGGUACUGGCAGGACGUGUGGGAGAGGCUAUAGAGGAAACUCAACAGCUUUACCCAGACUUGCUAGAACACAACCCCAACCUACUCUUCAUGUUGAAGUGUCGGCAGUUUGUGGAGAUGGUGAACGGCACCGACAGCGAGGUGCGCUGCUUUGGCGUCCUCUCCCCCAAGUACCAGGAGAGCCACCCGGGCUCCCCCAACCUCAGCCCCCUACACGGGGCCGCCGGCACACAGCUACACAGCGGAGGCUCAGACAGCCCCACCUGCAGCAACGGGGUGACCCCCCCCAGCAAGUCCAAGGGCAGCAGUAAGCACCCGGGGGUGCCCUCCUCGGCCUCCUCCUCCUCCUCCUCCUCCUCGCCCUCCCCCUCCUCAGUCAACUACUCGGAGUCCAACUCCUCCGACUCGACCAAGAGCCAGGCGCACAGCGCGCACAGCCCCCAGGAGACCAGCGACAGCGAAAUGGAGAUUGAGAGUGAGCACUAUAGCAACGGUGUGGCUGAGCGUUCCUCGGCGGCGGCGGCGGCGGCGCGGGUCAUGAACGGCACGUACAAACACCAGGAGGUGCUGCAGACAGACACCAGCAGCAGCAGCAGCAGGGUCAAAGAGGAGAGCUGCAGCAGUAAACAGCUGUGUGGGGGGAACCAGGAGGCCACGGAGAGGAUGAUCCAGUUUGGCCGAGAGCUGCAGACGCUCAGCGAACAGCUGUGCCGCGAGUACGGCAAGAACGCCGCGCACAAGAAGAUGUUACAGGACGCCUUCAGCCUGCUGGCCUACUCCGACCCCUGGAGCAGCCCCCUGGGCCAGCAGCUGGACCCCAUGCAGAGAGAGGCCCUCUGCUCGGCCCUCAACAGCGCUAUUCUGGAGUCCCAGGACCUGCCCAAACAGCCUCCGUUGAUGCUGGCGCUGGGCCAGGCCACAGAGUGUGUCCAGCUAAUGGCCCGCGUUCGCUCCGGCUCCUGCUCCUUUGCCAGAGUUGACAACUUUUUGCACUAACCCCAGUCCAGGUUCACCUCAAGCAGUCUUGACAGAAGGCCUGUCCAUCAGGCGGUUGUCAAAGCGACGGAGGAGAGAGCAUGUGUGUGAUUGGUGUUCUAUUGUCUGGGUCGGACGCUGCCAGUGGACGGACGGAGGAGAGAGGAGACUUCCUGUUCAUUUUAGUAUUAUUGAAUACAGAAUUGUGUGACGCUAUUUAAAGAUAAUGAUACUUGUUUUAUCGAGAGAACUUAGUUAUUUUGGUCCGUUUGUUGUGUUCAUCUUUACAUUUUAAGGAUUUUCUUCUUUUGUUUUUGCAGGGUGAAUUGUGAUUCCCUACUCCUCAGUAUUUUACACACACCUGCUUGGUUGCAUCAUAUCACACACUUAUCAGCGUCACAAUCCUCCUGGCCGGUUGCCAUAGCGCCACGAGUUGACUCCUCCCCCACAGGAAACGGGUGAUUCAACGCUUGAAGUAGAGUUCAGAUUAUUGAGGAAAUGCAGACCAUUGAUUUCCUCCCUCCCUGCAGAUAAAAGUCAGACAGAUUUGUCCUUUAACAUUACAUUUUUUAUUUAUAUUCAACUCUGCAAUACUGAUCUCCUUUCUGCAGUACAAGAACAUAUUAUAUGUUGGUAAUAUAAUGCCUAUUCUACAUGAUUAGCCCAAACCUGAGUUUGAAAUGGCGACUUGCACCGACCAAAUCAUGAUCAAACAAAGCGUCUCUGAUAGAGACACCGCUUCUACAAUUUGUAUACGCCUCUUCAUUUCAGUGGAGAACCUCAUACCUUCAACUUAAACUACAUUUAAUGACGGAAAAUUCAAGCAUAAACCCACACCAAGCUAUGUACAGCCUUAGCAAACAGACUGCCAUGGUCCCUGUCUCUAUGACUGUUUAACUUUGGUAGUUUGAGUGGUGCUGUAUCUGUAUCUAAACCAACGGCAAACAUAGCACUGGCAUAUCCACUGCCGGGCUGCUUCCACACAACUAGGAUCCACUCUGCCUGAACCAUCCAGCAUCCAUAUGUGUCACCAUCAUAUCUGCUCUUUGAUUGGAUUGGCUCUCCCGCAGCUAUUUCGGUUCUUGCGUAUUUAUGACGCAUUGUUUCUAAAGAUUACAUUCUGACACAAGUUCUAUUUAAAAUUGUAACAAUGAAAAGUCAUGAGACUUUUUCUUUACUGACACAAACAGAUACUUUUUGUUAGUGUUUUAUGUUUUGUUGCACAAUCUUUAUAUACUCUGCUGGUAUUCAAAGACCCCCUCCCUUAAAUAAAGAAGCAAUCGAAUAUACAAUAGGAUCCAUUGGCUAAAAAUAUGCUGGAAUCCAGCAAUAGUAAAAGUGUUUAAGUUGUUAAGGUCGAAAACAAAACAGAACGUUGUUAAAGACAAAUGUACAAAUGUAAAUGAUCAAACCUACUUUGGAUACUGCUGAAAAUUCAUGUUUGGUUAUAGUCACAUAAGUGUAAAUAAGGUCACUUAGUGUCUACCAGCUGUUUCUGUCUCCUUCUAUCUCCAUCUCUGAGUUCAGGCAAACCUCUGGGGCUUGUGGCCGGACAGGAGGGGCGGUGUGGAACUACUGAACCCCAGUUUAGUACUGUAUCAUAGCUCUGCAGAGUUCUCAGGACCCUCAGAUGCAUUAAUGGCAAUGUGAGGCCAAAGCAGUAGGAUACAGGGAAGAGCCAGGCAAUCGCUACCUACCCCAUCGGUGACUUUCAUACCAAAAAACAUGUUUUAUCAUUCCCUCCCGAAAGUUCCCUUUUGUAAGAGAUAAUUGGCUUUUAUCUAUGCAUUUAUCUUUUAUAAAUACGCGUUGUUUAUACAUUCAAACCCCGACUUCAGUUAGACUUUUGUGUUUCACCGUUACCUUUGUUAUCCGAAGAGGCUCAGAACAAACGCACUGGUGCUGGCUUGGAUCUCCAGUUGUUUUUUCCAGACCUCUGCCAAACCCACCCUAGCUGUAUACUGAUCAAAAGCACACCGUACAAACUCCUGCUAUUGUUGUUUUAGACUGUAGCAAACUGAUAGCUCUUAGACCCUAACCCUAAGAUGCUGCCCAGCCCACCUCAUCCAUUUUUAUCAAACCUCCCACUACCAGCGCUGGUUGUUUGACAACUUGCUGUAGCAUUUGUGCUUUACAUUUCCACUCGUGAGAGAAUUUGGUUCCUUUGUAGUGUGCUAGGGUGUUUUUAUUAUACGUUCGAUUUGGUUCUGUUCAUGUGUUACAGGGUGUUUUAUUACAUGUGAGAAUUGUCUAUGUUUCGCUGGGGGCUACAAAUACACCAGCUCUUUUUCUGCUACCAUAGGAAACCAUAGCAACACACAAAACACACAAGAACAUCUUCUCCUACUUGUGUGUCUGACUCAUGACACACACACACACACACACACACACACACACACACACACACACACACACACACACACACACACACACACACACACACACCUCUGCUGCAUUACCUGUAGGACAAUACAGCUCUGUGUUCGAGUGGAGGCUGUGUUUCCCUGCUGUCAAUACACAGUCUUCCCCAACACACAAGACCCCACUGUCGAAGGUCAUUUUGUUUCACCAGGCCCAGUUUGAUCUGAUGCAGGAGAAUCAAAGCCACGCUGCCCGAGAAUCGAGGCAAAAUCCACAUAGAAUUGAUGGUUUGGUUUUUGGACUUUUGGGAGGAAUGGCAUUUAGAAUUAUGUUCAGGCUAUGCGCAAUUGUUAUUUUUAUUAGAAUAUUUUAAUUUUUGACUCAUCAUUAUUGAAUAAAUAUUGUGAAAUGAGUUAUCCUCUACUUAGCAUGAGACUUUUAAAAUAUUUGAAAUGAAAAAAAAAAUGAAACAAACCUAUGUACUGGAAACAUGUUAAAAAGAAAUUGUAUUCUCUUUAAUUUUGACAGAAUUAUUUUUAUUAAAAUACACAUCCAUAAGCAUA